AGUAAAUUAAUAGGCAAAGCAAAGGCAAUAAUUUAGCUGACUUGAAGAAAAAAGUAAAGUGAAGUCGAAUUAAUAAUCAAUUUAUUUAUGUUGUUUAGUUAAUUCAUGUGAAAUACAAAAUAACAUACAUAAAUACACACAUUACAUGCAUACAUACAUUCACAGUUACAAUCAUACAUACAUACAUUCAGACAUACAUUAAAAAAUAUAUACAUGCUUACAUAACGUUCAAAACAUACAUUCAUACAUACAUACAAUCUGCAACAGUUAGCAUUUUGAGCAGAUCAUGUCGACAUGCCAAACAAACAAAAUCGGUAACAGUUGCUUUAAUUAGCAGCUAAUCAGGCAGGCAGAGAACUUGUUACCGUUAACGAUAAGCACCGCGAUCUUUUAAUUGGUAGACCGGACCGACCUUAAUUGUUAAGAACUUGUUAGCUUUGAAUAAAGCCGCAUACGGGUUUAUUAUAUUGAACCGUCCAAAUCCGUAAUUGGCGAAAACAAACAAAUAAAUUAUUGUUUUCAGCUUGCAUACGGAUGGAUUAAAUUGCAUGCUAAUUGUUUGUUUUAAUUACGGGGAAAAUAUCAAAUAAUUCAGCCGCGAAAACUUUUUAUUAGCAAAAAGUGAUUUGUUUUUCUUUGUUAACAUAGACGAAAAUCCCGUGAUUAUCAAGAUGGCGACGUCCAUGCCGAGGCAGGUAUUUUUUUGCCGUUUUAUAACUUUAAUACUUGUACAACUUUAUAUUACUUUUGAAAUUUCACUCAAUUUCCAGACAUAAUAGCAAGAAAGUUACUGGCGUUAUUGUCAUUAUAAUACUCUUUUUUUAUAUAGCCGCGAAAUUUCUUUAAUUAGGGGGCACUUCUCCGGGUCAUCAAUUCUGACAGGGGGGCAGUUCUCCGCCCCUUAUUAAUCAGCAGGGGGCAGUUCUCCGCCCUAUAAAAAAACAGUGAGGGGGCAGUUCUCCGCCCAGUGAAAAAUCUUUGGGGGGGGGCAGUUCUCCGGGGGGCACUUCUCCUAGAGCCGUUUAUUCUGUUUCAGGUGUAGAACAUGUCUGGUGCAGCAGCGAUGUUCGUGUUCUUAUUGCCGGGGAUUCCAAUGUCCAUCGUUUGAAGUCUGCAUGUCCUCCAAAUGCAAGGAUUGACUUUCUGCCCGUAUCUGGUGCAAAGUAUGUGUCUGACCGGAAGGGCUUUAGAAAGCUGCUGCAUCAAGAGCUGAUGUCAGGUUGUUACGACAUAUUGUACCUGCAUCUUGGCUCUAACGAUGUUUGCUGCAAGGAUAGCGAUUUCUACCUUUGUGUGACGGAGAUCCUUGAUGUUGUAUUCAGUGUGUGCACUGAAAUACACGUGGUGCUUUGCGUGAUUCUUCCACGUGAUUUUGAUGUGAGAAUGUUUCCCCGAUGGCCACUCUCAGGGGCACAGUUGAGGAACUACUGCCAGUGGAUAAGGAGCGCAAACAGCAUGCUGUGGGAACUGAGUCACCAUGUGCCUUCUGUGAGAUACAUGGACUAUGGAGCAACUAAACAGAAGUCCCUGUACUUGUCCCAUGAUGGACUACAUCUGAGUGCUGAAGGGGCUAGGAGGUGUUUAGCAUCCAUACAGGACGACCUGCCAAACCAGCUGUGUGUGGAGGCUGCUGUUCAAGAUCCUACAGAAUGGCCAGCUCUCUCAGCCACGGAAGUACCGGUUCAGGAGCAUGACAGCACCAUAGCACUCUUUUCGUAUAUUGUGCAGACUGGAGCUCAACCAGAGAUUCAAGACAAGGUGGAUGCAAGUGAAGUACCAGUUCCCAGGGACAUUAAGCCUCAGACACAUAAAAUAACGGUUGUCACAGCCAGAGCUAAGAGGUCUGCAACCAGAAAUGUCAAAGGUAUGGAAAGAAGGUCAUGCUGCAGUGGAUUUAUUUACCUUGACAUUACUGAAGAUGUGGCUGUUUUCCUGCCUGCAUACAAGUUGAAUGGCUUAUGCUUGAAACGCAAGAAGAUGGAAGUCAAGACUGGUAAGGUUAAAAGGGAGAAACCUACCAUGACGAAAAAGAAGAACAAACAGGUCCCUUGCUACAAUUGCCGAAACUGCAGGGUGUGCUGUUCAUCUGAAGAUGCCCUGCUCGACCAUUUUAUAACGAAGCAUUCAUCGUGGAAAGUUGAUAGGCCUGACACACUUUUCAAUCAGGAAGAUGAAAUCAACGUGCCAUCCAACAUCCAUUGCCACCGAGACACUGAAGAGACGCCCCAACAAGAUGACAACGCCGCAAAUGAAGAUCAAGUCAAUGUGCCAUCCCACUUCUUUUUCCAACGAGACACUGACGAGACGCCCCAACAAGAUGUAGACACUUCACAGCUUCUUCUUAUUCUUUCAAAUGACGUUGAACUUAACCCUGGACUGGUGAGAUAUUCCUGCCUUAUAAUAAACAAUAUUAGUGGGCAAGUUCCUUAAUCAGAGGAAUUUUAACCUUGUUAAUGUUCUAUAAAUAAAUAAAUAUAUAUAUAUAUAUUAUAUGUGUGGUUAGGGUAAUUUGAGGAAGGUGCUAGUUUGAAAUUAUUAUCUCAUAUAUUGACCAUUUUCUAUUUGUAUGCCCCAAGAUCAAAUGAUCGGAAUAUAUUGUUUUUGGCCUGUCUGGUUGGUUAUAAGAGAAAUAUAAGUACUUUACUAAAUUCGAAGGUUUGUAGGCACUUAAACUUAUUUAAAUCAUAUACUCACAUGUGGGAAGAUUUAAUUCAUACAAAUAUUGAUAACAAUGAUGAUGAAGAACAGCAGUUAUUUGAUGACAAUAUUGAUGAUGAAAUGCCUGUUUCGGUUACAUUAAGUACUGCUGCAUACAAUAACUUCAAUGAGGAAUCUGGACUUUGGAAUUUUAAGUGUAGAAGUAAACAUUCUCCCAGACUUAAAGACAAUAAUGAGUUAAGGAAAAGUAUCAUAAAACGUGAUCAGUGGAAUGAUUCUAACCUUGUUCGAUGUUCAGAUGGCUGCCUAAAAGGACCUGUAUUAUUUCCAGAUAUUCCAGACAAUACCGGUCCCUGUGGAAGCGGUUGGCUCAAGCGAGAAGAUGACGAUAAUUACAGUGAAAAUGGACUGACCAUACACGAAAGACAAAGGACAUUAAAUAUUUACACAAAUUUUGCACCUGUAAAAUGUGACAUUCAUAUACGUGAAUGCUAUAAUUCAAUUAGUAAGCCAUGCAGAAUUCUUUGGGAUGAAGGGGACUUAGAUUGUUUACAUGUAUUAAGUAGGGAUACAGCAGCAGGAGAUGAAAUAGGGUGGGAUUUUGUAUCUAUGGUUAUGAAUUCUAGUUGCACUUUUUCCUCUUACUGCCAGUUUAAAAAUGAGAUGUAUAAAACUCGCCACAAUAAGGCUAGGUUUAUGGAUCAAACAGUUUUUUUUAAUUUUUGGUUCAGUUGGGCUUCAAACAUGAAAAUAGAUUUCCAUAUACCCUGUGGUGUAUGUGGUUAUGGUCCUAAGAGAUUGUGCUGUGAUGGUACAAAAGUAGGGGUUGGAUUUCGGAAUUCAAAUUAUGAGGAAAUUACAGAAACAAACCAUGCUUUGGGCAUUAAUAAUACGCUGCAUCGUAGAAUGGAUAGAUGUUUUUUUGAAAAUUUGAAUGGAAUUGACAAACAAGAAAUGAUUAACCUUCGAACUUCUUUAGAUUACAUUGCUCGGAAAGAACUGAAUGAAAUUAAAGAGAAUAAAAUUAUUCCAGAGAGGGAAUUAUUGGACCGUAUCGAGUUGUUAAAACAAGCACUGCCCUCUGAAGUUUUGGGUUCCUUCGAAAGAUUUUAUCAAAUGAGUGAUAAUGAACGAGUUGCAUAUUCAAAUGUUUUAAAAAUGCUAGCCACAACAGCGUCCAUUACAAGCCUUGUACCCCCUGCAUAUUGUUACAAAAUUCAACUAUUAUUAAAUAGCCCCAAUAUUGAAAAUGAUCGAUUUAAUAGUAUUGUUAAUGAAACUCGUUCGUUUGCACCUGAACUAAGUGAUUUAAUUUGCGAGUCUGUAAUAAGCAACAAUGAAAUAUUGCCUGAUGACAUUAGAUUAUUUUUGCAAUAUCUAAUUAAUGAAUCAAUGUCAUUGCAAGUUACUGAACCAGAACCACCUGUACCUCAACUGGGCACAUACAAUCCUGAAAAGUUUGGAAGGGCCUAUUAUUUUAAUGAAUCUGGGUUAAAGUUAAGAAGUGUAAGAAAGUUUUCCAUUGACAAUGAUAGCUGUGUUAAAAGAAAUAUAGACCAUGACGAUACGACUUUAGAAUUUGAAAAAUGUCAAAAGCUUUAUUCUAAAGUUGAAACUUCUGCUCGAGGAACAUCAACAUUAUUUCUUUGGUUCUGUGCAGACCAUGGACAUUGCUAUGGUUUCCACAUGACUGGGGCAGAAGGAAGAAAAGAUCCCGCAUUAUCACUCUAUAGCUAUUUAGAAACCCCUCCACAAGACGUGUUUUAUGACUUUGCAUGUAAUUUACAAGAAUAUUGCCUAAACAGAGAAAGUGGAUACUAUAAAAAUGAACAUUUUUUUCAUGACAUUUUCCAUGGCUACUCCCACAAAUGUUCUCGUGCUUUUACAGCUAGCAGACUUCAAGGCUUUGAAUCUGUAAAUUCUGAAAUAUGUGAACAAUUCAACAGCUUUAUACAGUGCAUUAAAAGGUCGGCCCGUCAGAUGUCACAGUCACACUAUUGCUUUUACCUACAAUUCUUUUUAAAUAACUGAAUGGAAUAAGAAGAAAAAAUUAUCAUAUGAAAAAAGAUAAGAAUUGCUUUAGCUGGGUUAGUUUAAUUUGAUACUUAAAUGAUCUAUAAUUUUAAGUUCAUCUGAACUUUGAAUACUUACUGUUGCAUCUUUUGAUGCUUUUUUCUAUUUAAAGACUGAGCGAGUAAACACAUACUAUGUAUUAUUAUGCAAUAAUUGUUUUGUGUUUAUAUCUCAACUGAGCAUAAAGUGCUCAGGGUGAGCUAUUGUGAAUGGUCUUGGUCCGUCAUGGGUCAACAUUUUCUACUUAAACAACAUCUAACCUCUGUGCCAAUUUUAAUGAAUCAUGGCACGAGUUUUCUUGCAUGAACCUCUAUCAAAGUUGUUAAAUGAAAUGCAUUCCAUGCAUAAAUCUGGUUGCGAUGGCAACCAAAAGGAAAGCUUAUAUAUUUGGCAUAAAACAUCGUCUGGUUGACCUCCUCCGUAAAUUUCAAAAGAUGCUAUACCCAACUCACAGGCAAAUUUGUCCUUAUUUGCUCAUAGUGAACACUUCUUUUAAAGGGCCAGGAAGAGAGUUCAAGUUUAUAGACAAAAGCAACAGUCAGAUGAGCGAUAUAGUGUCAUCAUGGCACCUUUAUAGCUGAAUCAUUUAUGAAAAAUUGUCAAUGAUAUGUUCUGUGACUUGUAUGAUUUGCAGUAUUCAUUUCGCUGUCUUCAUGCACCUUACAAAAGCAAUUUUAUUAUCAGUGUUCCUGAUUCUGUUGUAGCAUUUAUUCUUGAAAUUCGUUAUUUUUCAUAUUUUUCCUAAUUGUUAUGCUCCCGAAAUACAAUUUCGCCGGAGCAUAUAGUUUCCAGUUUGUCCUUCCUCACUAGUUUCCCAUAGCACCUUCAAUUGUUUACCGAUCUCUUUCAUAUUUGGCAUGUAGGUACCUUGCAUGGACCUUAACCAUUUGAUGAGGUCACUGGGGUCAAGGUCACCAAGGCUAAUAAUAGAUUUUUCCGUCACACUUUUGUCACAGUUUCUCAUAGCACAUUCAAUACUUUAACGAUCUCUUUCAUAUUUGGCAUGUAGGUACCUUGCAUGACCUCUUCCUUUUGAUGAGGUUUGAGGUCACUGGGGUCAAUGUCACCGAGGCUAAUAAUAGAAUUUUUUAAGGUGGUUAUUAACACAUAGAUUGACAUAGCGCAUCAUCGAGGAGCAUCCAUCAGUUUCACUGAUAUUCUUGUUGUAUGUUAUAUACGUGAUCAUAGAUACUGUAAAUUUUGUCUUAUGCGACAGGUUUAUCAUGUAGAAGAUGAGUACCCUGUGUUUAUGCAGUGCCCAUUAUAUAACACAGAUAUGAUUUGUUUAUUCCGCAGUGUUUGAAUGAAAUGGAAACUUUGGUUUGUUCAAUAUGUUAAUGGCCGAUGAAAAUGACAAGCACAUAUUUUUGAUUGCAAAAUGUGUGUAUGUGCAUGCUAAUAUAUAACAACUACGUAAUUAUCAUGCAAAUUAGCUGUCAUUUUAAUUCUGCAUGCUUGUAUUGCAUUGUUUAUUUAUAUCUGAUAAAAAAUACUGAUUCUUAGGUUACUUUAUAAGUAUGUUACUAUUUUGCAUGCUUACAUGUUAUAGGUAGUUAAUUAUAAGGUAAUCCUUGUUUUGGUGGUAUUAUAAUGUAUAGCAGCAUUUGUUCUACGAAAGUGCAUGCGUGUUGCAUCAUAUGACUUUGUUUUCUUUAACUAUUCAGGUUAUUUUAUAUAAUUAUGAAAUUAAACUAUGUAUUAUGGCCCUGUGGCCUGACUGCAAAUAAAUAUUCGUAUUUGUA